UUUCAGAGGUGCAGAUAAAGCUUGCAAUUCUCCUUAGAUGAAAAAAUCAUCAGAGAAAGAAAAUGAUUGAAGUCUUUAUACUGAAGAUAGAAAAUCCCGGUUGCUUCUGGGUCUGCAUAAAAGGAGGUGGAAAAUUUGUAGACAAUGAAAUGGAAUAUAAAACACUUCAAACUGAAAUGAAUCUGUUCUAUAACAAAUAUAGAAGCACGGAUGAAGUCAAGCCGUCUUCAUUAGAAGAGGGACAGGUUUGUGCUGUUUAUUGUCAGGAACUGAAAUCUUGGUGCAGAGCUGUUGUUAAAUCAAUCAUAUCUUGUACAGAUUAUUACCGUGUUGAGUGUUUCCUUGUGGACUAUGCCAAAAGUGUUCCUGUAAAGACAGAAAAGAUCUGUGUUGCCCUGAAAUCAUUUAUGAGACUGCCUUAUAGAGCUAAGAAGUUUAGGUUGUACUGUGCCAAACCAGUAACACUACGUGUCGACUAUGAUAGUGACAGUGCAGAGAUAGUUCCUGCUAACAAAUGGGAUAUUGCAGCUAUCCAGUACUUCCAAAAUCUCCUGGAUGUAGCCACUCAAGUGGAGGCCAAGUUAUGUGCUGUUGAAGAGGACAGUUUUGCUGUCUAUCUUUAUGUUACAAGAAGAGGUGAAAAGGUGUGUGUGAAUGAUGAUCUUGUUGUGAAGAACUUUGCUUGCUAUGAAAUGAGUAAAACAAACCAGAAGCAAGUAUCAGGAGGUGUUGGGUCUCUUCCAGAGGAGAAUCCUGUACUGCUACUAUGGCCAAAAGAAUCUAUGGUUUCUGGGAUGUGUGCUGCUCCUAUUUGUGAUAACUCUGAAAUAGCAGAGUACAAGCAUUCUCCAGAAACUACUGUACAUAAUACAGAAGAAUCUGAUGUAAUGGUGUCCAUUCCCCCUUUGGAGCAAGGAAUAACUAUUUCUGUACCAACAGAUAUGCGAACAGUCAGCAACUUACAUAAGGAAACUACCAAAAUCCAGGAAAUGAAGAAGGAUCUCUUUGAGAACAACGUUGGGGUGAAGCUUCUACAGUUUUUAAACCCUGAUCCUCUGAAAAUUGCCAGCGGACAAGAAACUGAGGUGCUUCAGAUGAAUACCACUACACAUCUUCCUGUUGUGCUGAGUAAUGAAAUUGAACCAUGUUCAUCUCUUGAAACAGCACCAUUGUUUCCAACUUUAAAAAAGGAGCUUUUAAGAAAUCAGUUCCUAGGACCUAAUCGUGCACAGUCUUAUUCCUGGCCUGCAAUAGCACGUGGAUAUGAUUCGCUUAUUAUCUCUCCUGAAAAUGAUCCACUUUCCUAUCUUCUGCCAAUUAUUACAUUUUUGCAGUCAAGAAGUUGUUACAUAUCAUUACCAGCUAGAAAUGGUCCAGUAGCAUUAAUCAUAUGUCCUGGACAGAAGAAAGCAGAACUGGUAUUUGAGCUCCUGGAAAAUUACAGCCAGUGUUCCAGGCCUCUGCACCCAAAAUUGCUUUUCCUGGGAAUGAAUAAGGAAGAAAUCAAGAGUGUAAGAAUUCCAAGACGAUGUGAAAUCAUCGUAACAACCCCACAUAGUCUUUUACGGCUACUUGAGCAUCAUAGUUUACUCUUUCUUAGGUUGUGUCAUCUUGUGUUUGAUGAGGUUGACGUACUGUUCUCUGAAGCCAAUAAGCAGAUACUUACUAUUUUAGAAUACUACAAAAGAAACUUGAAUGUUGAAGAAAAGGAGUCCGCACCACAGCAGAUUGUUGCUGUUGGAAACCACUGGGACAAAAACGUAGAAUAUCUAACAAAAGAAUUCAUGAAUGAUCCAUAUAUUGUAAUCACAUCCAUGGAAGAAGCUGCCAUAUAUGGGAAAGUGCAACAGAUUGUGCGGCUUUGCCUUGAGUGUGACCGGAUCUCUACUUUACUUCAAACACUAGAUUUUACCCCUACAGAUGCCCAAAAGACUCUGGUUUUUACCAGUUCUGUGGAAGAAUCAGACGUAGUAUACAAGGCAGUAGAGAGCAUGUCACUCUUUUGCUUGAAAAUGAACCCGGAAAUUGGAUUUCAUUCUGAUUAUGUUGUAGAGCAGUGGAACAAAAAAUUCAGUUCUGGCACCCAUGUUGUCCUGGUUUUAACUGAUGACUGCCUGGCAGCUGUAGGAUUUACAGACGCAACAUGUGUCAUUCAUUUCAGCUUUCCUGCAACUCCAAGAAUCUUUGGUGCACGUCUGUAUGGCAUGUCUGCUAACUUCCAGAAUUCAGUAGAAAAGAUUUCAUCUCUAGGAAAAGAACAGGGCAGAGCAAAAUCCAUCUUGCUGUUGACAGAGAAAAGUGCCUGCCAUGCAGUUGGAGUGUUACGUUAUUUAAAACGUACAGGAGCCAACAUCCCCUCUGAGUUGUGCAACUUUACAAGCGGAGUGCUAGAAGCCAGAGAGGAGAGGAAGAGCAAGCAGCCUUUUUGUCGUUUCAUUAAAGCAUAUGGAAUAUGCAAGAAUAAAAAGCACUGUCCAGAUCGCCAUCGCAUUAGCCUUCAAAUUGAUGUGCCCUCAAAAGUAGCUGAUGGAACUCUGUCAACAGCUGGAAAUGUAACAAUACUGCCUCUUUUUAUUGUGGAUGCCACAAACUACUUUGGCCGCAUAGUAGGGAAAUGGAAUAAUCCCUAUGCAGCUCUUGAAAAAGAGAUGAAGGAUUAUUAUCAGAAAUCUAGCAAUCUUAACUCUGUUGACACAGUGGAGAAGCUGGCAAUAUAUGGAUUGCGGGAAGAAAAUUCUUUCCAUAGGGUUCAAGUGCUAGAAGUAGGACCAAAAGAAGACACCUGUGUAUUUUACAGCAUUCACAUCAAGUACAUCGAUGAAGGCAGAACUGGCUAUGUUCAGAAUGAUCAGUUGCUUUGUUUACCAGAACAGUUUCAAGUGUUGCCUCCUCAGGCUGUGGAAUUCAUAGUUUGUAGGGUUAAACCCAUAGAUAAUGAAGCAGAAUGGCAUCCAAAAGUAACCAGAUACAUUAAUCACAAGAUCAGAGGGAAACUGCAUGAAGCAAAAAUAGUACUUGUCCUGGGAAAUACAAUUUGGGUGGAUCCAGUGGUUCGAGUUACUAGACUUCAAGACCUAAAAACUUCAAUCAAUGAAUAUAGUAUUCGCUCUGAAAUCCUGUCUACUGGAUUAGGAGUAGACAAUCCUGGGCACAUACAGGAACUCAAGAAAUUAUUUAAGGAGGUCGAAAUAUCCCAUGAGAAAAAAGAUCUGCCUGCAUUAAUACAUCCUCUGACGCAUGGAAGAAAUGAGAAGGGUGGAUCUGCUGAGCAGAAUGUCUCAGAUCCUGCAGCUCUUAACUCAGAGACCCCAAAUAAACAGGCCAUGCCCGUUGUACAGAAAUCACAAAAGAGCCAGGAUAUUAUCCAUGAUAGUUAUUCUCAAGUAUCUUUACAAAAUCAUCAUAAUGAAAUGGUGCAAAAUAAGAAGACAGAUGACUCUCCACAAACUUUGCAUGAAUGCCUUCACCCAACAAUAAAAUGGUUUGACAAGCAAGAUGUUGUUGUUGUGAAGAUAAAGUUGCACAACAUUAGUAGCUAUGACUGCAGGUUUUUUGCACAGAGGAUCACUUUCAGUGCUUUGGCAAAAGGCAAAUUUUAUUUGGCCGAUAUGGAGCUGCAGAGAAGCAUUCUCAAAGAGAAAUCAACUUGUGUACUUAAGGGUGAUGAGCCCACAAUUAUCCUUGUAAAAAUGAAGAAGGAGCGUUGGUACAACUUGCUGAAACAGAAAAAUCCUCACGUGUCUUUUGAUUUUGAUUACUUGGAUGACAGUGAAGAAAGAAGCCCAUUCCCUGUAGGCUCAGGUCCUAAGAAAACGUACCAGGUUCCUACACUGGUGUGUGAAGAGGAGGAGGAGGAAGAAUCUUUGGAAGACAGCAGUUCAGAGAGUGAUUUAUCAUCCUGUUAAUUAUAUCUUGAACGUUAGGUUUUGAUCCCCCACAGGGUUAAAGCAUAUGUAGAUACUACAAAACCCCUUGCAAAGUCAUCUGAUGCCUUUUUCAUAGUGGUACAAUCUCAACACUUAAAAAAAAUGUUGACCAAGUUGUUGAAAACAGGACUUUUGUGGAGUGCUGUAUUUGGUCUUUAUUAACAGUUAUAAUUCUAAGCCUGCUCAUUGGAAGUGAAUCUUAAAGAUUUGGGUGAAAUUUAAUUUCAAGUAAAUGGAUAAAAAAGUUGGUAGUGGCAGUUAAAUACGUAUGUGUCAAAUCUAGCAAUUAGACCAGGACAGAUACCGUAAUGAAAAUUCCUUUUCAGUUGCAGUUAUACCCUGAAAUAUCUCACAAAGAAAGCACGUUUUCUAAUUUUGCUUUUUUAAAGAAGAAAUACAAUAUAAUCUGGGAUUGUUUUGUAAUGCUAUAUGGUGCUAACAGAAGAGGCUGAGCAUUUGUUGUGAGCCGGUCCUUAAGGAAAUUAAACAGUGGAGGUUAAAUCAGUCUAAUCAAUGUGAUACAGACAAUUUAUCCUUUGAGGGGUAAAGCAGUAAUAUAACAUUACAGAAGAAUAACCUUCGCAGGAAAAAAAAUUCUUUUUUUCCCCCACAAUAUUAAGGGAUGUGGCUUCUAUAUUUGUUUUGGAAAAUGUUUCAAAUACUUGGUUUUGCUUUCAGGUUUAUAGGCUUUGUUGUGGCAUUGCAGUGUAUCAGCUGUAUAUCAGUAUCUAUUUCUUAGAGCAGAAGAAAGUAAACGCUUAUCACAGUUCCUUCAAAUCUCAGUACUGAAAACAGGUAAUUAUAGAUGCAACUUGUACACAACAGUGUAAUCUGGAGUUCUUCACAUCCCAACAUGUUAGAGCAUUGUUUCUCAUCCUUAGCAAUUUUAAGAUGUCUGGACUUCAACUCCCAGAAUUCCUCAGCAAGCAAAGUUACCAAGGUUGAGAAACACUUCGUUAGAAUGCGUAAGCCAGUUGUCUGAAAGCCUAUAGUUACCGUACAAACUGAUUGCUCUGAUUCUGCAGCUAUAGCUGUGCAAAGUUUAUCGAAACAAGUCUAGAAACAACCAAAGUUUAUAAUUCUGCAUUUAGAUAAGUCAGGUACUAGAUCCUUUAAAGAAUUAAUUUUGGUCCUGUUAACUACCCAUGAGCCUUGCUGAGAAAAAGAAGUGUCCAUUAAAAUUUAAAAUGAAUAAAAACAGCUGUUUUGUUUAAAAUGUGCCAUUUGUGGCGUAAAGGUACUAUAGUGUCAAAAUACUCUUAGAGGCUACUACUGCAACAGGAACCUUUAGGGAGCAGUUCUGAAACAGAACAUGUCACCUUUAUAAAAGCCCCUGGAAUAGUUUUCAAAGCUAAUAUUCAGUAAUGAUUAACAGUGAAGAGUCUGUGGUCUCCAACCAUGAUAUGGUUCUGGGCUCCUCCAUAUUUGAAAUGUCCUACAAAGAAAAUGACACUGUUCCUGCAUAUUUGGGGGAAUGAUAUCAGCACAUUGACUAGGAAGCCCCAGGAUAUCUGCGUCCAGAUUGCUCCUGUUUUUCUGCUUAAACGUUACUCCCAUUCCCAUUCUGAAAGCAGUGUCAGAACAGUUAGGUGCGAGAAUAUUCUGCAAUGUGAAGAUGCUAUCAGUGGUUGAACUCUCUUGUAUGCCACAAUCAAUAUUAAUUGGCACAUAAACAUGGCUCUCUAUUCCAGUCCUCUGAAGGAACAUAAACCUGGACCAAUUGCUACAUCUGAGAUUUAAAUUGAGAUCUUCAAACAAGUGUAGCAUCGGUCUCUUAAGGCUUAAAAAUGUUUAUGUGGAAGUUGAACUCAAUGGGGUUUAUUUCCAGGUAGAUAUCAUAGGUAUCCUCCAUAAGUAUCUUCCAUUUUUGGCAUGUGCAUCAGUUGUGAAUUUAUUAAAAACAGGAAGGAGAAUGUAACUAUUGUUCCUUUACCUGUUCUUAGUGCAAGGUGCUAUUUUUCCUGUGGCGAAGAAAGCAGGGUUGAUGGAGUCAAACAAAUGAGACAAUAGCAGAAAGGGUUCAUCAGCCUCUUAUGCCACCAUUCCAUCUUUUCAUGUAUCUUCUGCUUCUCUUUUAGAAGUUUGUUUGUUAAAUCUUGUUUGGUAUUACAGUUUCACAAAAUUAUAGAGUGAUAAGUAUUAGAUGAUUGACUGUUAGUACUUUGCUUGUGCAUUUAUAAAAAAUAAAACACAUUUAUCUCUGCU